AUGGCCUCAAAUCAAUGGAGCCAAUCCAGUGAGUUCUCCUGCAAGCAAGAAGAGGAGGAUCUGUGCAACUCAGAGGAUGUUCUUGUUCGUCAGAUCUUGCGACUUGUGUUCCUAGAUGACAAGAUAGCUAAAUUAUUGCCAAUCCUGCUCCUCAAGUUUCAAAAGAAAGAGCCAAUCACCAAGGCAGAAAUUCUGAAUGUUGUUGAUGAAGACUACCAUGUAUAUUUCCCUCUGAUUGUCAGUUUAGUCUGUGAAUGCAUGUGUCUAAGCUUUGGCAUUGAUGUGAAGGAAGUGGAUCCUCCUGGCCAUACAUAUGUCCUUAUUCCUCUCUUGGGCCUCACUUAUAAUGGAAUACUGGUUAAUGACCAGGUCAUUUCCAAAAUCAACCUCCUCAUAGUAAUUCUUACUACUAUCUUCUUGAAGGAUAACCAUGCCAGUGAGGAGGACAUAAGGAGAGUGCUGAGAACUAGAGAAAGGUUGCCUCAGAGUAAAUAUAUUGCUAUUGGUGAGCCCUGGAAAUUCAUCACGCAGGAUUUGGUACAGGAAGGUUACAUAGAGUACCGGCAGGUGCCCAACAGGAAUCGUGCUCGCUAUGAGUUCCUGUGGGGUCCAAGAGCCCAUGCUGAAACCACCAAGAUGAAAGUGCUGGAGCAUUUGGCAAAAGUUAAUAGGAGAGAUCCCAGGUCAUAUACACGUCUGUAUGAAAAAGCUGUGAGAGAUGACCUACAGGAUGCCAUGCUGGAGUGA